UGCGGGACAGGUUUGUCGGUGCACAUUGUCAGCAGGAAGAGGAAGCAGCGUGCUGGUUGUGUACUGAUCAGAGGUGACAGCAGGCUGAGUGGAAGAGCAGUAUGGUGCACUGUAGUAAGGUGCUACUGAGGAAGUAUGGAAACUUCAUAGACAAUCUGAGGGUCAUGGUGAAAGGUGGAGCUGGAGGAAUGGGACUGCCACGGUUAGGUGGAGAAGGAGGAAAAGGUGGUGAUGUGUUGAUGGUAGCAAAGCACGGUGUCGCCCUUCAAAAUGUCAAAGAGAAGUAUGCACACAAACGAUUCGUUGGGGAUGAUGGAGCCAACAGCAGUGUGCGUUCACUUAAAGGCUCAUCCGGUCCAGACUGUCCUGUUAAUGUUCCUGUGGGAAUAACUAUCACCACUGAUGAUGGGCAUAGGAUAGGUGAGCUGGAUAAAGAGGGAGACCAGCUCAGAGUCGCCAGAGGGGGUCAAGGCGGUAGUUUCCGAACAAACUUCCACCCAUCCAAGGGACAGAAAAGGGUAAUUCGGUUGGACAUGAAGCUGAUCGCAGAUGUGGGAUUGGUUGGGUUUCCGAAUGCUGGCAAAUCGUCUCUGCUUGGUAAAGUGUCCCAUGCCAAACCUCAGAUCGCUGACUAUCCGUUUACAACAAUGAAGCCAGAGCUGGGGAAAAUCAUGUAUUCUGACUUCAAGCAGAUUUCCGUUGCUGAUCUCCCGGGUUUAAUAGAAGGAGCGCAUAUCAACAGAGGAAUGGGACACAAGUUCCUGAAGCAUGUUGAGAGGACAAAACAGCUUCUGUUUGUGGUUGAUGUUGGCGGAUUCCAGCUUUCCUUUAAGACUCCAUUCAGAACGGCAUUUGAAACGGUGCAGCUGCUCAUCUUGGAGCUGGAAUUGUACAAGGAGGAACUUCUAGACAAGCCUGCCCUACUAGCGAUCAAUAAGAUGGAUUUACCGGGAGCAGAAGAAAAGUUCCAGGAGUUGAUGAAACAGCUGGAAAAUCCACAGGAUUAUCUCCACAUACUGCCUGAAGAGCUGGUCCCCGACCGGCAGAUCGCCUUCAGACACAUCCUUCCGGUGUCCGUUGUGUCCGGCCAAGGAAUCGAGGAGCUCACUCGCUGUGUCCGCAGAUCCCUGGAUGAACAAGCGGAGCUGGAGAUCCAGGGAGCUGCACAGGAAAAACUACGAACCCUCCAUAAAAUAACAUCUCCCAACGUGAUUAGAAAAAUUCAAACGCCAUCCUCCUAAUACAUGGCGACCUCCGUGCCUUGUAUAUUUAAUCUGUGUAUGAUUUUGUACAGUUUAUGUAAACCCUAUUACAUUUCUUUUGUUUUAGAACUGA